AUGCAUCCCUCAGCUCGCCGCCUGGUGCGCAUUAUACCGCGCUCAAGAUUGCCGACGGUGGACCCUAAUACGCCUUGGAAGAGCAAGGUCGAAAUCAUCCCCUCGUUACCACCGACUACGAAAGCGGAAGACAAACCCACCCUCAUGGACGCCUUGCAACGGCGGAAGGAGCAGGCAGGCGCCAGGUAUCCGUCCAAUAUCCGAUUGGAGCCCCUGGUGAACAAGAGGGUCUUCAAGCCAGUUGCGAAAGAGCAUCGAGCAGUGGUGAAAGACAUGCUGAAGGAGCGGUGA